GUUGCCAUCUCUCCGCGGCGCGGAGGCGUUCCCACGCCGUUCAAAUACAGCGCAGCGACGCGCGGCUGAUUCACUUGGUUUGUCAGAGCGCGCAGAGUGAGGUAAGCAGAGCCCACGCCAGGAGAACAUGCGUUUGCCUCGUUUCACAUCCAAUCCCGACAUUGUAAAAGAGCGCGUUGGUUUCAGUCUAUCCUGAAGCGUCCCUACCGCUACAUUUUCAAUUUUAGUGAAAAACGGUUUACGAAGUGACAAGAACUACGAGGUUUGGACUUCUACAUGCCGUUCAGCUGUUUGUGGAGGACGCAUGAUUCAUCUGUACCGGACCAAAAGCGAAGCGUGUAUGAAAGAUCUCAAGGCUGUACUCUGCUGCGCCACACUGGGAGGCUUACUGGAUAAGCAGGAGAAAGAUCCCUGUGACUCCAAAAAAGCUCCACUUGUAUCAUCUCCCACGAUGGCUCUGGCCUCUUUCCAUCUGAUGCAAACUCUAAAGAACUCACCGGCGGCUCUACGCCGGCGAUUCCGUCGGGACCGUACGGAGAGCCUCUCUCACGGCGACCCCCUUUUCAAAGUGCACUACCUCGGCACCAAAAAGAUCUUCUCCCUGGACUUACAACAGGCGGAGGAAGCCAUCGAUCGACUGCUAGACGGGGCACCCGGGAAGCUUUCUAAAGACCACGCCCUGGUAGUGCGGCCCCGAUACGUUGAAGUUAAAGAACUGAGCACCGGGAGGCAGCUCACUAAGACUUACUUGCAGGACAUCGCGUACUGCGCCUCGCACACGGCCAGACCCAAUGUGUUUCUGUACAUCUGCAGGCAGCCCGGUCAGCAACUGCAAUGCAGAGUGUUCUGGUGCAGUCGGGCGGAAAGGGCGAAGGACAUGACCGCCUGCCUAGCGAGGUCGUUUCAGCGAGCGCUCAAUGACUGGCAGGGCGGAUGCGCCACCUUACCGCAGUGUGACGGGAUCACUAAAGAGCCGGAGAUGCCUGGUACGCCCACUGCACCCAGAGGGUCGACAUUGCCAACCAGUUUGGGAAAAGUCCGUUGGAAGAAGAGGGGGUCGGUGUCCCACAGUCCUCUCCGUGCCAUCAGCAGAAGAGGUUCUGCCAGCGACAACUGGCAUUGAGUUUAAUUUUGUGAUGCUUGGGAAUUUCCACAAUUGAAUGUGAGGAAAAGGACAACCACACCUACAACUGGUGGAACUUUUGAGCUUUGAUAGAGUUUGCAUUGCAACUCAAGCUUGUACCGAGAACAGCUAACACAUUUGAGGUUAUCAAUUUACCAAAGUGAUAAACUAUAGGUUUCCAGCAGAGAUAAUUAUUUGUGGUUUAGGAAGUUGAUGGAUUCAGUCAUUUUAUCUCUGUUUGCUUAAAGACUAAGAGACAACACCAAAGCUGUUCAUCUGCACUGAACUGGUAUCCAGUUUUAAAGCCGUGUGUGUGUAUCACAGAGUUGAGUGUUUCUAGUCAGUCUCCUCCUCUGUGUACAUGUCUGGGUAGUUUGUUAAUGUGACUGAUGAGCAAAGAGACCGUUUUUGUUUGUAUUAGAGGUAUGACGAGAGGAUCCGUGUGGAAAGUGGGUGGAUGCAUGAUGGUAAACAGUAGCACGAUCAGAACAUCAGCGUUACAGCAUUUUAAGUGUUUCUAUCCCAAAUGCGCAUUGGAAGUAAUGCUUAUGGCAAAGACGGACAACCAGCUUUUUAUCCUACGUCACUGUAUGCUUGCAAAUGCCCUUAUUCAUAUGGCCAAAUCUCUACACAUAUGAAUUCAAUAUCAUUCAUGGUCAGUUAUUUUCUGCAUUUUUUCUUUGCAUCAGGACUGGUUGUAGUUUGGCAUUGGAAAGGAGGAGGUACUGAGAUUUUUGUUGUCUUAUAGCCAUAUCAUGCUUUGCCGGGUUCUACCUCAGUUUGCCAUUUUUAUUCAUUGCUUGAGAGUCAUUCAAGCUUUGAACUUGAAGCGUGGUUUCUAAUUCCCAACAGAUAAUGAAGUGUAGAAGUAAUGGUAUUACUCUGGAAAUGAGAAGUAUUCUCUAUGCACCUGCAUUCCAGCAGUUUUUGAGGCCAUAAUCCCCCCUUUUACCUAUUUUAUUUUUUCUGUAACUGCAAGUUUUUACAACAUCAGCCCAUUUUUGUUAAAAAAGAAAAAAGCCAACUGUCUCCAGGCAACCACUUAUGACAUCAGAAUGCUGACUGAUUCAAAGGUAUGUUUGCAUAGAGCGUCAUGUCCUUGAAAAAGCAGCAUCGAUUCGUCGCACUGCAGUUGCAUGUGGUUAUAAAGCGCAAGGAAGCAUUUUUAAGUGGCCUGGUUGCAUAAGUCAUUUAAAACAAGGACACUCUGCUUCGCAUGACUGGAACAAUCAAGUUUUCCUAGUGCAAAGAUUGUCUAGCAUUUUCCUUCACACUGUUACAUAUGCAUCAUACAUCACAGUAGUAUACAGUCAGUGCCUCAUGGUAUUAAACAUUGUGCCUGAUGCGUUAGGGCAUUUACGUCAAAGGAUUUUAUCCUUAUGGAUUUUAUUUAAAGUUGUAUUAAACCAUAUCUGGCGCUACAAAGACUUCAGGUCUGUUGUUGGAUCUGUUCUGUCUGCUUUAUGAGGUGUUUAAUGUUCUAUGAAUGUUCUUGUACCUUAUUUUAAAACUAUUUGCGUGUACCUAUUUAAAUAUGAAAUGUAUUUUAUGGAAUAUUAAACUUUUUAUACAUGAAA